AUGCCYAGUUAUGCCAAGUUCCUUAAAGACAUUUUAAGUAAGAAGAAAAAGGUGAUCGAAUAUGAGAUCGUAGCUCUUACCGAAGGAUGUAGUGCGCUUCUAACCAACAAAAUACCUCCUAAGCUUAAAGACCCAGGAAGUUUCACUAUUCCAUGUUCUAUAGGUGGAAAGGAGAUUGGUAAAGCAUUGUGUGAUUUAGGUGUUAGUAUCAACCUUAUGCCCUUGUCUGUUUUCGACACCUUAGUCAUAGGAGAAGCUAGACCCACCACUGUCACUUUGCAAUUGGCCAAUAGAACCAUUGCUUAUCCUAAAGGUAAGAUUGAGGAUGUCUUAGUUCAGGUUGACAAAUUCAUAUUUCCAGCUGACUUCAUUAUCCUGGAUUUUGAGGCUGAUAAGGAUAUUCCCAUCAUCUUAGGGAGACCUUUCUUAGCCACUGGUGGAACUUUGAUUGAUGUCCAAAAUGGAGAGCUAACCAUGACAGAAAGUCACAUUCAAUGUCUUCAAUUCCUUAAAGUACCCUGA